GGCCGCCCUUAUAACGAGCAGUGCCUUGCGCCGGGCCAAACCCUAGCCUUUCACCUCCUCUCCCGCGCCGCCGCCGCUUUCGACCUCCUCGCGGUCCCGCCGUCCGUCGAGGUCCAGGGAGGCUGUUCUGUUAGUUGGUGGACAAGUGCAGCAGGCAGCUGGUGUUUCAUCCUUGUUGCUGUGGAUAGAGGGCAUACAGUGCAGGGGAUUAUUGUUGCGAUGCCUUUGAGAUCGCAUACUGUGUAGGGGGAUUUUAAGGUAAGGUCAGAAUGGUGAGGGUCAGUGUGCUCAACGAUGCGCUGAAGUCCAUGUACAAUGCUGAGAAGAGGGGGAAAAGGCAGGUCAUGAUCAGGCCGUCGUCCAAGGUUAUCAUCAAGUUCUUGUUGGUCAUGCAGCGUCAUGGCUACAUUGGUGAGUUCGAAUACGUGGAUGACCACCGUGCUGGGAAGAUUGUGGUGGAACUGAAUGGAAGACUAAACAAGUGUGGUGUGAUCAGCCCUCGCUUUGAUGUUGGUGUAAAGGAGAUUGAAGGAUGGACUGCCAGACUGCUCCCAUCUCGUCAGUUCGGCUACAUAGUGCUGACAACUUCUGCUGGCAUUAUGGACCAUGAGGAGGCCCGGCGGAAGAAUGUUGGUGGCAAGGUGCUAGGUUUCUUCUAUUGAAGGGAGUAUGAUGAAAGUAUUAGGAUAUUUCCUAGAACUCAUCUGAGCUUGUGUUUUUUGGUCUGAAUAGUGUCUUGUUAAGAUUCUGGAAUGUGUUAUGUACUUGAGAAAUUUGGAACCUUGUUAUGAGCUGUGCUUGCCGUUAAUUAUCAUGACCUAUAUGCCAGUUUUGUAUUUUUCAUCUUGCUAUCGCAAAGGAACACUAAAAUUUCUUACUUUACUGGAAUCCUGAAUGGAUCAUUCUGAUUUU